AUGGGUGACGAGGUGGUCAACCUGCCGGACUUUUCCUCCGUACAGUCACCGGAUGACCUGGACCUGCUAUGCCUGCAAUUCGAAGCAUUUUCUGAUGGUUUGCCAGACGAGGAAGUCUCACAAAAGCUCAUGGACAGUUUUACUACUAUCGGAUGGCAGACGAUCACAGGCCGAGCUGGAAAUGACACCAUGUUCAAGUCCGACAUUUUACCACUUUGUGAAGAUAGUAUCUGUCUCAAGCACGCUUGCUUAGCAUAUCAAGCAAGUCUCGAUGUUGAUACCAGUCACUUGACACCUCUAUACAUGCAAUCGGCUCUUUCAAACUAUCUCAAUGACUUGGAAAACCCCAACAUGUUGUGCCAAGAUGUGACUUUGGCAACCGGGGUGCUGUUAUGCAGCGUCAGCAUAAACUCACUGUAUAUCUGGUCACCGCUGCUGAAAGGCCUCCACGGAGUCCUUCAAGCACGGGAGCUAUUGAAUGAUCCACAGAGGCCCCCCGUGGCGAAUCACCUCCUUGAAGCUGUUGGGUUAUUGGAUAUACCGUUCUUCACUCUAAAUAGAAUUACACCAUCGCUGGAAAUAUGGAAAUCCCACGUCCAACCACACAAACACUCUGGCGUUGAGCAAAUUUCGGGGAUACCUUAUAGUCUAAUGAACCUGCUAGCGAACAUGGACUCCACCACCAUCGAACAAGAUUUGUUGCGGUGGCCUGGAGAACUCGGCGAUGAGUUCGCACAGAUCCACCUCUGGGAAGCGUUCCGACUCGCCGGUAUUCUUCACAGCCGUUGUCUGGCUGAUCAUAACCAAGAUCAAACAACACCACCAAGAGCCAACAUCAGCACCGAAAUAUUACGGAUGAAGGUGUUUGCAUCCAUUCAAGCAAUUAUCGGGAUCGGCACCUUCAACUUUCGACUGUCACUCGCCAGGGCCAUACUAUACCCUCUCUUCAUAGCUGGCAUUCUGGCAGAAAAUGCUCAAGAACAGCAGCUGACACGUGUGGCCUUCCAGUACAUAAUGCAAAAAGGACAGGAGGGAACGGAGCAGAUAAUCAUGGAUAUUGUGGCAAAGGUUUGGAAGAAUGGGAAGGGCGGCAACGAAGCAUCCAAGUUGAUGAUAGCUACUGAGGCUACGGCGGAGCUGAAUGCUGAGAUUCAUCUUUACUAA